AUGGCAACUCUACGAGAUGAAAUAUUGGCUUUCAAGCAAGAGUCCAAUAAACCUUUGCAUGAAAUUUUGGAGCGAUAUCAGACAGUGGUGAAGAAGUGCUCGAGUAAUGAUAUGACCAACAAUAUGAUCCAACAAACUUUGUACCGUGGUAUUAAUACUACAAAUCAAUGUGUCGUCAAUCAAUUAGCCGUAGGCAAUUUUAUGACAACACCUUAUGCAGAGGCAUGUGAGAUUCUUGAUGAGAUGGCGGAAACUUCUUUGGCUUGGCAAUCCCGAGCUAAUGUUCCCCAAGGUGAUCCCAACAUGAUCCAUCUUCAUAAAGAAUUGCAAGACCAUGGGAAAGCUAUUGCCGAAUUGACCACAACUAUGACUCAACUUGCUAAAGCUCAACUUCAUCAAACUCAAGUCCCUAAGCAAGUUCAUGUUAUGGAAGGAGUGAAUGCAAACCACCUCUUUAUCCUUCUCACGGUUCAAGUUCUUCAAGCAAUGAGAUGGGUCAUAUUGACUAACGAGAACAUGUUCAAGCAAAGGAUGGAAAAGAAUGCGGAUUCGAAUGCCCAACUUGCCUCACAUACCACAUCAAUACGGAAUCUUGAAGUUCAAAUGGGGCAAAUCUAUCAUGCUCUUAAUACUCGUCCUAAGGGUGCAUUACCAAGUCACAUUGUAGUGAACCCAAAAGGUGGUAACAAUAUGGGGAAUGUUAUAGGGGUUAUAACAAAAGGUGAAAGAGGUGGGGAUGCACCCACCUCAAACAAAAACCAACUUAUGGAUUAUGACCAAGUGAUCCAAGAGGAGGAAAUUUCACGAAAUGAUGUUCAAGUACGUGAUGAUGUUCGAAUUGAUAUUGAAGAUAGUGUGGAGGAGACCCAAGAAGAGGAUCAAUUCAAGAAGUUUAUUCAAAUGAUAAAAGGUCUCUCUAUCAAUGUGCCAUUGGUGGAAACGUGGGAACAAAUACCCGGUUAUCCCAAGUUUAUGAAGGAUCUUCUGACAAAGAAGAGGUCGAUGAAUUUUGAAAUAAUCAAGGUCACUCAUCAAAUGAGUACAAUUGUUCAUGCCAUGGCUCCUAAGUUGGAGGAUCCCGGUGCUUUCUCAAUUCCUUGUACUAUUGGAAGUGCCAAUUUUGCUAAAGCUCUUUAUGAUCUUAGGGAGAGUAUCAAUUUGAUGCCCAAUUUGGUGUUCAAAAUUUUAGGGAAUGGGAAACCAAGACCCACAUAUGUGUGGUUGCAAAUGGCCGAUCGCACUAUGAAGAGGUCAUUGGGAGUGAUUGAGGAGGUUUUGGUUUGA